AACUUAAUCCAUUCCCGUCCUUGCGACACUCUUUGCCAUGGCAGGCCCGGCUAGACCCUUUCUUGCCUUUGGCUCGUUGAUACUUGUCGCUGCUGGAAUCCUCCUUCAAUUCCUCAACAUUCUGACUGGCGGCGUCAACGAUUCUCCGCUCGACAAGUUCUACUUUCUCCAAGCAUCCACAAACGGCAUCCCCAACGCACGAAACCCGACACGAUGGACUUUCUUCGCCAUCUGCGGUGCCGACCCAUCUUCAGGACGCAACGCCAAUUGUGGUGCACCUGUUCCAGCCCUUCCCUUCGACCCUCCUAGGAACUUUGGAAGCCAGCAGAACAUUCCUGAGCAGUUCAUUGGCACAUACCAGUACUACUACCUGUCUCGCUUCAUGUUCGCAUUUUACCUCAUCGCUCUCUUCUUUGCUGCUGUUGCUCUCGUGUCUGGUCUUCUUGCUCUGUGCAGCCGUCUUGGAGGAUACCUAUCUUCCCUGAUGACUUCCAUUGCCCUGUUCUUCCAGACACUUGCUGCUGCUCUCAUGACCGCAUGGGUUAUCAAAGGUCGCGAUGCCUUCCGAUCUGCCGGUUUCGAAGCAAGCAUUGGAAGAUAUUUGAUGGGUUUCACCUGGGCUGCUGUAGCCUGUUUCUUCCUGGCUACCAUCAUGUUCUGUCUCGGUGGCCGCCUUGGAAACGAUAGUUCUUCCGGAAUGCGUCGAAGCCGCUCUGCCAAGUCGAACCGUAACCGAGGAAGCUUCUUGGAAACCGAUUCCCAGCGGAGGGUUAAGAGCGAGUACUCAGUGUAAACUGAUUCACCGUGGGAGAUAUAUGAGGAGGCAGAUUACAAGGGUAAAAUGUUUCAUGUUUACGCUACGAUAUCCAUGAUUUGAUUUAAUGUAUACGAAUGUUAUUUAUAGUUAAUGGCAAGUGAAUGAACAAAA